AUGAUUAGUACCAGUACAUUGGCAUUGAAAACUUUCUCAGAAGAUAUCUCUUCAAAUAUUUCUGCCAAUGUUUUUGAUGUUACUUCAUUGAAUCAAAAUAAUUUUCCAAGAGACUUCGUAUUUGGAACAUCAACUUCUGCAUAUCAGUAUGAAGGUGGUGCAAUGGAAGAUGGCAAGGAACAAGUAUAUGGAUACCUAAAAAUAUCCGGAUGCAUACAGGUUAUCAUCUCAUGGUCUAGAAUACUACCAAAUGGAAGAAUAAGUGGAGGUGUAAAUCAAGAAGGGAUCACAUACUACAACGACCUAUUAGCUAAUGCUUUGGAAGAUGAAUAUGGAGGUUUCUUAAGUCCUCUUAUAGUAUUUGAUUUUCGGGAUUACGCGGAGCUUUGCUUCAAGGAAUUUGGAGAUAGAGUGAAAUAUUGGAUUACUAUAAAUGAACCAUCGACUUACACAACAUCUGGAUAUGCGAUAGGGAUGUUUCCACCUGGUCGAUGCUCUGAUUGGCAAAAUCUCAACUGCACCGGCGGUAUUUAG